UUUCCUUUUUUGAAUAUGAUGGACCCUGUUGGCGAGUUUAAGUUGUGGCGAUAACUUGUUACGGACACUAACCCCUGGAUUCAUGGUGUACCAUACUUGAUAUAAAAUUAUAUGUACUUGAUUAAUUGGGUGUCUUGUUAGGUGUUAACUACUUGUAUGUGAGGCCUCCCCAAUGAGGUCUUGUUAUUUUCUUUUGUGUAUCUUAGAAGUUGGAAAUGUAAUUCUUAUUUCUUAGUACAUGCACAUCUUAUUGCCAGUGAGUUUCUUCCUGCAGUAGGUACCUGGGUGUGAUUUCAUCUAAUAGGGUAGUUGUUUACAUAACCGGAUUCUUUCUUCUGUAUAAUCUUUAUUCCUUAUGUCUUGUUAACUAUGGGCAAUAAGCACUAUGGCAUCAAAUGGUCUGGCCAAGUGUUAUUUUGCCAAUUGUUCAUCAAUUAUAUACAUACUGCUAAACAACGUUCUCUGCAAUCCGAGUAAGACAGAGCCCACCACUAUUGACUACCAGUAAAACUGGGCCAGAUUAUGUGAAGUCUGUGUCUUGCUAAAGUUCAGCAUAGCAAGCAACAAUAAAGCUGAUGGUUGCAAAGCGAUUGAGUGAUGAAAUAUGAACAAGGUUAUUGUAUCCCUUGGCCCGUUCUGUGUUUUCAGUGCUCAAAUGACCGCAAAGUGGUUUGAUGUGGAUGCUGCAUUCCCAUCUUUACAUUGUGGCUUUGUUGGAUGAGAGAUCCAGUCAAGCUUAUUUGGCUCAACAGCAGAAGUCUUGUUGAGUUUUGGUGGGGUAUUAGGGUAUGUUUACCGAAAAAGUGUAUUUUUUUAAGCGUAGACCCCCAUACUCAACUGAUUCUUUGGCGCAGGAUAACAUUGCAAUGUCCAUACCCAUUGCUGAUGGACGGUGUCUAUUUCGUGUCCUGACCGUGACAAGUUUCUCUUCUUGUUUCAACAAGAGCUCUCUGAUACAUCAUGGCAUCACAAUCACAUAUUAUUCUCAGACACUAUUGCCCUUCAUUCCUCGUGAAUUUUGCCCCGCCUUCAUUUUCAGACUUGUCACAGUGCCGACCUCGAAGCUGAGGCAGCAGUUUAAAAUGGAGAAGGCACUCUUUUACAUUAUCCCAUCAUGUGACAUCCACCUUUCCCUGGCAUCUUUAGUCCACCACUGAAGGUCUGUUGCUGAUUUUAAUGGUGUCAAAGUUUCUAGCUUUGACAGAGUGAUUGUAAUGCAAUGAAAUGCUAGCUAGAUGGUUUUGCUUUUGUUUAUAUGGAUGAUGAAAGAGAUGCAGAGGAUGCUAUUCAGGGGCUUGACCGAAUAGAAUUUGGCAGAAAGGGACGGAGGCUUCGUGUUGAGUGGUCUAAGGAAGAACGGAGCAGGAAGCCUGAGGGUUCUAAAAAAUCUUCAUCAAGCUUCAGAGUUUCCAAGACCUUGUUUGUCAUAAAUUUUGAUCCAUAUAAUACUAGGACAAGAGAUCUGGAAAGGCACUUUGAUCCAUAUGGAAAAAUACUCAAUAUAAGGAUCCGAAGGAAUUUUGGAUUUAUUCAAUUUGAAGCACAGGAGGAUGCCACUAGAGCCCUGGAUGCUACAAAUAUGAGUAAGCUGAUGGACCGAGUUAUCACAGUGGAGUAUGCAAUCAAAGAUGAUGAUGAUAGGAAAAAUGGAUAUGGUCCUGGUAAAACCUAUAAUCAAUCACCCAGGAGAGGUUAUGACCGAGGCCGAUCUCGUAGUCCACGUGGAAGAGAUAGGCUGAGUCCAGACUAUGGUCGUGGCCGAGAUCGGCCAAGUCCAGACUAUGGUCGUGGUCGAGAUCGGCCAAGUCCGGACUCUGGUCGUGGUCGAGAUCGGCCAAGUCCUGACUAUGGUCGUGGUCGAGAUAGGCCUAUUCCUGACUUUGGUCGUGGUAGAGAUCGGCCAAGUGCUGACUUUGGUCGUGGUAGAGAUCGGCUAAGUCCUGAUUAUGGUCGUGGCCCUAGUCGAAGUCCUAAGCACAGGGAAAGGAAUUCUGAGUAUGGCCGUGGCCAUAGUCCAGCUGUAGGAAAGGAGAGAAAUCUUGGUCAUGGGAAUGUUCGCAGCCCUAGCCCUCGUAGGGAAAGAACAGGUCCAGGAAAUGGCCUUAUGAGCAGUCAGCUGAAAAACAGAAGUCCUGGUUAUGGUGAUAGACCCAGUCCUAGUCCUCAAAGGGAGAGGAGAGAUAAAUAUAGCCUGGAUGGUUAUAAUCGUGGCAGCAGCCCAGGUCCUAAACUUGAACCAGUAGGAAAUCCUGUACGUGAUGGGAGGGGAAGUUCAGAGCGAUGCAGGAGUCGUUCACCUCCAGCUCGGGAAAGAUCGCGCUCCUGAUUUGCUUGAAGCUGUUUUGAUAACUUGGAGUAAUAUCUGUAGAAUGGUUAUGUUGAAAGUGGUGCUUGUAGAAUUACACCUUGAAGUUGCUGGAACAUCAAAGUAACAUGUGGGUUUUAGAACCAAUGUAAUAUACCUUGGGAGAUGGUUUUUGCCGUCGGAAGUGAUUUAGAACUGCUACCGUGUAUCUGCCUUGUUUACUGGAUACUCUCUUUUCCAUUUGA